UUGCAGAAUUUGCUUUAUUGCAGUGGUCUGAAACCAAACCAGGAAUGUCGCUGAGGUAUGCCUAUAUAUUUGCUGAAGUAAUUCUUAAAACUCUUGGCAUCAUAAAUGAGUCGGUGUAUCUCUAUUAUGCUCUGUGGUUUUUCUCUCUUCUAGGUCAGUGAACAAUUUCCUGAUGACUGGACCAAAGGCUUACCUGAUCUACUCCAGCAGUGUGGCAGCUGGUGCCCAGAGUGGAAUUGAAGAAUGCAAAUACCAGUUUGCUUGGGACCGCUGGAACUGCCCUGAGAGAGCCCUGCAGCUGUCCAGCCAUGGUGGCCUUCGCAGUGCUAAUCGGGAGACAGCAUUUGUACAUGCCAUCAGUUCUGCUGGGGUCAUGUACACUCUGACUAGAAACUGCAGCCUUGGGGAUUUUGACAACUGUGGCUGUGACGACUCCCGCAAUGGGCAACUGGGGGGCCAAGGCUGGCUGUGGGGAGGCUGCAGCGACAACGUGGGCUUCGGAGAGGCAAUAUCCAAGCAGUUCGUCGAUGCCCUAGAGACAGGACAGGAUGCUCGGGCAGCCAUGAACCUGCACAACAACGAGGCCGGCCGCAAGGCGGUGAAGGGCACCAUGAAACGCACGUGUAAGUGCCACGGGGUGUCUGGCAGCUGCACCACGCAGACCUGCUGGCUGCAGCUGCCGGAGUUCCGAGAGGUGGGCGCGCAUCUGAAAGAGAAGUACCACGCAGCUCUCAAGGUGGACCUGCUGCAGGGUGCAGGCAACAGCGCGGCGGGCCGCGGCGCCAUCGCUGACACCUUUCGCUCCAUCUCCACGCGGGAGCUGGUGCACCUGGAGGACUCCCCGGACUACUGCCUGGAGAACAAGACGCUAGGGCUGCUGGGCACCGAAGGCAGAGAGUGCUUGCGGCGCGGCCGGGCCCUGGGCCGCUGGGAGCGCCGCAGCUGCCGUCGACUCUGCGGGGACUGCGGGCUGGCGGUAGAGGAGCGCCGCGCCGAGACCGUGUCCAGUUGCAACUGCAAGUUUCACUGGUGCUGCGCGGUCCGCUGCGAGCAGUGCCGCCGGCGAGUCACCAAGUACUUCUGCAGCCGCGCGGACCGGCCACCUGGGGGCGCGGCGCACGAACCUGGGAGAAAACCCUAA